GCUGGCGUUCUACUGCCAUGACAUACAACUUGUCGAGUCACCAACACGAACCUUAUUAUAUUGAUGAGCCCUUCUUGACUGACCUUGACAUUAAAAAGCAAGACCAAUCCGCGGAUGGAUCUCGUUCUCGAUAUAUUAGGUUUACGUAAAAAUAGAGUGUGACGGAGGCUGAAACGAAGGCAUACAUAAGACGAUGGAGUAACUUGUACGGAAUUUAUCUACUAGAAAAUUAUGAGCUUUCGUCUAAAGAGUGGUGAAUGGUUUGCAUUCAGAAACACAAUGGAGAGGCUGCUGUACCAAGACUGUGUACGCAUAAGUCGAUAUUUUAGGCGUUUUUGUUUAAAGAAGAAACAAGCGGCAGUUUUGUCAACUGUGGAUGCUGAAAGACACCACUCUGAUUACUUCACUUCCCCUGCUGCCAGUGUCUCUCAGGCAGCUUCCAUCUUGCGUCGUCCUGGGACCCCUAAAGAAAAAGAAGACUAUGUUGCAUUUCUUUGUGAAAAAGAGAUGCAGAGACUUACCAAUGGGCACUUGACUGUAAGUAACUUGAAGAGACAGUGGAAAAAAGAAAUCAAGGGUAUUCGGUCUAUUCUAAGGAGAUCUGGUAUUUCAACAGCAUCAUGGCAGUGGUUCCGGACAGGGCCUCCUGAAAGACAGAAAGAGGAAAAGGGUGAAAAUAAAAAUGAUGGAAAUAAAAAUGGAGGAAAUCCAGAUUUUGGAAUGUUACUUCUUAUUAGCAUGUUGUUUUUUAUGACACUGGGAGAAAUUGUAGCAACAAGUUUACUCUCUGCUGGAUAUAUAGAAUGGAACAUGGUUUUAAAAGAUGUUUUGCCCACUGGGGAGGUGAAGCAAAUAAAUAUUAAUCCUCAGUUAAAAAAAGGCGAGGUUAUACUGCAUCGUGGGGCUGUUUUGGACGCAUCCAUCAUGCAGUAUGUCUCUAACCAUCCAAUGCAAGAUGAAAUAAGGCUGCGGGUUGAUCUUGAGAAAGUCGAUAAUCCUGAAUUAAGUUUGCGCAAGGCUGAGAAAAACUUAGGAGUAGCUCCUGGUGAUGGUGUGUCUGUUGUCUACAAGAAUCUUAGUGCAGGGGAGAUGAUCCUACCUUCCAUUCUUCUGGGCUUGGUUGUGAUUUUGCUUCUACAAAAUAUUUUUCGUUCAGGAGGACCAACCUUGGUAUCACCGUUGUCCAGUCUCACCAAGGCUAAUUACAAAGAGGCAUUCAAGGAAGGAGUCUCGGUCUCGAAAGUGCCUGGAAUAACAUUUAAAGAUGUGGCAGGCCUGAAAGAACCAAAAGUAGAGCUCAUUGAGUUUGUCAAAUAUCUGAAGGAUUCGAAUAGAUUUAAGGCAUUAGGUGCCAAAAUCCCUAAAGGUGCCCUGCUUCUGGGUCCCCCUGGUUGUGGGAAAACACUGCUCGCCAAGGCCCUGGCCAAUGAAGCUGAUGUCCCCUUUCUUUACAUGGCUGGAUCUGAGUUUGUGGAAAUGAUAGGAGGUCUGGGGGCAGCCAGGGUCAGGGAUUUAUUCAAAGAUGCGAAGAAGAAGUCCCCUUGCAUAAUAUAUAUUGAUGAAAUUGAUGCCAUUGGCAGGAAGAGGGGUGGUGUCUCAGGGGGGAAUGAAGAAGAAGACCACACCCUGAACGAGUUGCUGGUCCAGAUGGAUGGGAUUGGAUCCAAUGAAACUGUCAUCCUAUUAGCCUCCACAAAUAGACAUGAUGUACUGGACAAGGCACUCUUGAGAGCUGGCCGGUUUGACAGACACAUUUUGAUCGACUACCCAACUUUGGAAGAAAGAGAAGAAACAUUCAUUAUGUAUUUGAAGAAACUGAAGCUUGGAGUUGAUCCAAAAACACUAGCUCCGCGUCUUGCUCAACUUUCUCCAGGAAUGAGUGGUGCUGAUAUAGCCAAUAUAUGUAAUGAAGCUGCCCUUCAUGCUGCACGGAACAAAGACAAGGAGGUCAACCCCAGGGAUUUUGAGUAUGCAGUGGAAAGAACUGUAGCUGGAGUGGCAAAGAAGAGUAGUCUUCUCUCGCCUCAAGAAAAAAAGGUCAUCGCUUAUCACGAGUCUGGACAUGCCCUGACUGGCUGGCUGCUGAAAAACACACAUGCUUUGCUCAGGGUUUCCAUAAAACCGCGGGUUGGAGCCACCCUGGGGUUUGCCCAGUAUCUGCCGAAGGAGCACAAGCUGUACUCUCGCGAGGAGCUCUUUGAAAACAUGUGCAUGGCCCUUGGUGGCAGGGUUUCAGAGUCUAUCACUUUCAACAAAGUUACGACAGGUGCUGAAAAUGACUUGAAAAAGGUUUCAGAACUAGCCUACAAUAUGAUCCGCAAGUAUGGUAUGGGAGAAUCCAUUGGCUUGAUUUCCUUCGAGAUGGAAGGCUCGGACUCCCAAAUGAUUACCAAACCUUAUAGCAAUAAGAUGGCCACCAUGAUAGAUGAGGAAGCUAGAAAGAUGGUGGCAGAAGCCUAUAAAACCACAGAAAAAAUGCUCCUUGAUAACAGAGAGAAGUUAAAAUUGCUUGCUGAGACCCUUUUGAAACAAGAAUCACUGACGUAUGAACAAGUGAAAGAUCUGAUAGGUCCCCCACCGUAUGGAGAGAAGCAGACAAUUUCCAUUGCUGAUGACCUUGACAUUGAACCCCCAGGACCCCCUCAAAAUGCACCUUCGCAACCAGAACCUUAAUUGGGGUUGCCGAGAUGACUUUCAGAAGCUAACUGAAUUCUUCAUCCUGUGGCAAAAAUUAUGAAAAGACCCGAGGAGUCAUCUGGUACAAUUUCACCUUCAGACUUUUUAAAAGUUGGUUAAUAAUUUUGUAUGCUGAGACAGAAUUAUAAACAAUGAAUUCAGCAGUUAAUUGGGGAGGGGCAGGAAACAGUUUAUAAUUGAAAUGAGGAGAGCAUAAAUGUGUAUUAAGUAAGAGACAUAAAUGUACAAUACCAAGCAGCUGCAAGUUGUGUUGAAUGCAAAUUAGUUUUAAUAAAAACAAAAAAAGC